AUGCACCUAUCGUUGUUACGACUUAUGAUGCUUCUCAAAUUCUCUCGAUUCUCUCUAGCCUCUGCAACAAUCUACGAUAUCACCUUGCUUCGCUUGGCAUUUUCGGCAACCUCAGGUCCGACAACCUCAGGUCCACCUCUACUCAACUCUCUCGUAUCCCCUUCACCUAUCAAUAUAUCACGGAACAACACCAUAUACAUCAAAGUGUAUGCGUCAAAUUUGAAUCUAUUGAUGUAUCUUCAAGCUGCACGCUCCAACCCAGAAGGCAUCUCUGACAUCCUUAUCCCAAGUUUCAACCAGUGGUUGAUUGGCAAAAACUCACCAGUUCCUCAGACGACGAAGAGGUUGAUUGAGGUUUGGGAAUAUUGCUGGUCUUCAAGUGCCGAUCCUCUUGAAGAACAGAAAAAGAUAGCAAGGGCACGUAGGUUCUCAGGGACACAUAAGGCAAUUGUUCUCAGUUAG